CUUGCAGCGCGGUACACCGUGAGGUCCUUCGGCAUCCGGAGGAACGAGAAGAUCGCCGUGCACUGCACGGUGCGCGGCGCCAAGGCCGAGGAGAUCCUGGAGAAGGGGCUGAAGGUGCGAGAAUAUGAGUUGAGGAAAAACAACUUCUCCGACACUGGCAACUUUGGCUUUGGAAUCCAGGAGCACAUUGAUUUGGGGAUUAAAUACGACCCCAGCAUUGGCAUCUACGGCUUGGACUUUUACGUGGUGCUGGGCAGGCCUGGCUUCAGUAUUGCUGACAAGAAACGCAGGACUGGCAGCAUUGGAGCCAAGCACAGGAUUGGAAAGGAGGAAGCCAUGCGCUGGUUCCAGCAGAAGUAUGAUGGCAUCAUCCUUCCAGGCAAAUAAGCAAUUCCUGAAAUGAAAAAAAAAGCAAAUAAAGUUUUCUAAUGCCUAA